GCCGCGCAUGCGCCUUCUUCCUGGCGGCUCCGGAGCGCCUCGCCGGCGGACUUCGCUCGCUGGUUGACAGUGCGCCUGCGCGGUCGCUGGGGGCUCUCCACCUCCGCCUCCCCUCCCCCUGACGCCCCGCGGGGGCUCCGGGCCCGGCGGGACCAUGUUCACCAGCACCGGCUCCAGUGGGCUUUAUAAGGCACCUCUGUCGAAGAGUCUUUUGCUGGUCCCCAGUACCCUGUCCCUUCUGCUGACACUCUUGCUGCCUCACUGUCAGAAGUUCUUCGUGUAUGAUCUCCACGCUGUCAAGAACGACUUCCAGAUUUGGAGACUGAUAUGUGGAAGAAUAAUUUGCCUUGACCUGAAAGACGCUUUCUGUAGUGGUCUUCUCAUUUAUAACUUCAGAAUAUUUGAAAGAAGAUUUGGAAGCAGGAAGUUCGCAUCCUUCUUGCUGGGUUCCUGGGUCUUGUCAGCCUUGUUUGACUUUAUCCUCGUGGAAGCUGUGCAGUAUUUGCUUGGUGUCACCGUGGCCAGUAAUUUACCUUCUGGAUUCUUGGCGCCCGUGUUCGCUCUCUUUGUGCCAUUUCACUGCUCCAUCCCAAGAGUCCAGGUGGCGCAGAUCCUGGGCCCGUUGUCCAUCACAAACAAGACACUGAUUUAUAUAUUGGGACUACAGCUUUUCACCUCUGGGUCCUACAUCUGGAUUGUAGCCAUGAGUGGACUUAUCUCCGGCAUGUGCUAUGACCGCAGAGUGCUGCAGGUCCACCAGGUGCUCUGCAUCCCUAGCAGGCUGGCCCAGUUCUUCUCCUGGGCCCUGGAGCCCAUCUUCUCAUCUUCAGAACCCACCAGCGAGGCCAGGGUUGGAAUGGGAGCCACUGUGGAUAUCCAGAGGCAGCAGAGGAUGGAGCAGCUAGACCGGCAGCUGAUGCUCUCUCAGUUUGCACAAGUGCGGCGACAGAGGCAGCAGCAGGGAGGAAUGAUCAAUUGGAAUCGACUUUUCCCCCCUUUACGUCAGCGACGAAAUAUCAACUAUCAAGAAGGUCCUCGGUCUGAGCAGCGAGCACCUCCUCCCCUGGAAGUUUCUGAAGAGCAGGUCGCCCGCCUCAUGGAGAUGGGAUUUUCCAGAGGGGACGCCUUGGAGGCGCUGAGGGCCUCCAACAAUGACCUCAAUGUGGCCACCAACUUCCUGCUGCAGCACUGACAUUCGGCUGCUGAAUGACAGUGAUGCGUCCUGCCACCACAUCAGCCUGAGGACCAAACAGACUCCAGCACAGGCGUUCUCAAGGGGAGACAGUGGUUCCCACCUUACACUGUCCUUAAUCCAAGGUGGUUGCCGUGUAGUAUCAAAUAAGUUUGCCAUUAAAUUAGCAUGUAUUUUCUAUCUUUAUUUUUUUACUGGGCAUUUCUCAGGUUGGAGAACCGUCAUUCGUACAUGUUCAAAUGCAUGACGGUCACAGGCUUCGGUGGCAGUUGUAUAGCACUGCAGAGAGACAACUGUCCUGAAGCUCGGGUGCAGUCUGCUUGUCCUCACCUCAGUGAAGGGACACUGGCAGUGUCCUUGAGGCCUCAGUGACAAUGGAAGCCGGAGAUUAGCUCCCUCCAGCCUAGGGGUUCUGUCCCAACUCCUGACUUCGGUAAAAAUAAUCUAGUGCCAAUGUGCAGUUCUGGAAAGCCCUCAUGAUACCGCCCUGGGGUUAUUUAGCUCAGAAUGCAUUACGGUGGCCACUCGGGCUAAGGAGUGAAUUGGAGUAAAGAAGUUGCUUUAGAGACUAGCAGGGCUGAGCAGAGAGCAGGCGCUGGCCAUCAUGGCUCAGUCCCAGCCCACCCAACCCACAGGCCCUUACACACACCACUUCUGGCAGCACACCCUCCCUGGCCCCAUCCUUGCCCCUUGUGGUGGGUGAGGCAGUGCCCACUGUGCAGACAGUCAGGGAGGUACAGGCAGGAGGCAGCCCCCUGUGAGCAAGAACAGUUGUAGGAAUUGAUGAUGUCCCAUAAGCAAACUGCACCGGGUGUUCUGCAGGUGUGUUCUGCAAAAUGAGCAGCGAUGUGUCAAAUUGAUGCAAAUGUAGGUGUGUGAUCCUUACAAUAAAGUUUUUAUGUGUUUUAUUUUUCA